AUGGCAGAUGCUCAGUUCCCCCUUCCUCUGCGAGAGCUCGAAGAUCCGUUGUUCUGCCAAGCUUACAUCGAGGAAUUUCUGAGUUCUUACAACCUUGGUGCCACAAUAAAAAACGCCAUUGCUCGGAGUAUUGCCUCGUUCGUCGUUCAAAUGGCAUGCGGAAACUACGAGAUGACAUUCUACAUCGUUGCUGAAAUCGAUUACAUCCAGAUGUUUUGGAUGGACGACAGUGCGACUGGGGCGGAGGAUGGGGAGGAUGAGGAGGAGGAGACGGAGAUUUUUGACGACUUUUCGGGGAGGAGAGGGGCGCCGGAGACGGCGAUAGAGAGGCUGAAGAAGGAGAAAUUCGAUGGAUUUGGGGGAGAAGAUUUGGGGAAUUGUAGUGUGUGUUAUGAUGAGAUGAAGGAUGGCGGGGAAGAAGUGAGCAGAAUCCCCUGCGGACAUGUGUAUCAUAAAUCUUGUGUUCUCACUUGGCUUCAAAGGAACAACUCAUGUCCUCUGUGCACAAAGAAACUAGAAGUUUAA